GCCCGUGCAGAGCGGACGAAUCGGCGGCGGCAGCGGCGGCAGAUGUUACGGCCGUCGCGUUCGUACGGAACAGUGCAACGUUGCGACGUUCACCGCUGUUCGUUUUCCGCUCGUCUGUUUAUCACCAACGGUUGUUCGAUCGAAUUCCUUUUUAUUUUUUUCUGCGUUCCAUUGUUCUCUGUCCGUCUUAUUCUCGUCAAGACCUUGUCCUGCAAUCAUGAGCGCCAUCAAACAGUUAAUGGUACUGCUCCUGCUCAACACCACGAGUGCGGCGUCCGAUAAUGCUCUAGCACCAAAAUGGAGCUCAAGUUAUUCUGUCCAAGGUGAAAUUUAUGUUCCAUAUGCUGAAGUUAAAGAACCAUUCGACGCUUGGUAUGAUUCUGAUUCUAAAAAUAGUCGCAUUGAUUAUUAUAAUGGAAUGGUAAAAACUUAUCAACUGUCUGAUAAAGGAUCUUUUGGUGCAUCUUUAAAGAUUGUUCCUGUUACUACUGAAACUGAAACAAACUCAUUAAAAUGUUUGGAAGUGAAUGGAACUAAUAAAUUUCAUAUUUCUCCUCAAUCAGCUCUUCCAGACUUAACCGAUUUUAAAUUGGUCAGUGAACAUUUAGAAAAUAGCUUAGUGGUUGAAAAAUGGAUUUCUGUUUCAAAAGUUGGGAAAACAGUCAACAAAUAUGAGAUGUUAUUGUACAGAGAAGAUAAUGUUGCUUAUCCGUUAAUGUUUCAAAUGAAUGGAUUCAAUUCAAUAUUUGGGUCACAUUUUGAUAAAUAUGUUAUUGUUUACAAAAGUUUCUCUCCAGUUAAGCCAAAUCCUGAAAUAUUCAAUGUAGAAGAUUUAAAUUGCGAAUCUUUCCCGGGACCUGGAGUAGAUCAUAUUUAUAAUUUUAACCCUAUGAUGGAGUUCAUAAAUAAUUAUGGAGGACACGUUGAUUCUGCAUUUGAGAAGUAUCAACGUCUUCAUAACCGAACUUAUACCAAUGGAACUAUAGAACAUUUUAAUCGUAAAAACUAUUUCCGUCAAAACUUAAGAUAUAUUCAUUCUAAAAAUCGAGCUAAUCUUGGCUAUACUCUUGCUGUCAAUCAUUUAGCUGAUCAUUCUGAUGAAGAAAUUAAAUCCAUGUGUGGUUAUAAGAAACAAAAAGAUGAAUAUAAUGGAGGAAAUGCUUUUCCUUACAAUAAGAAUGAUUUUAAAAAUUUACCAUCUGAAAUAGAUUGGAGAAUCAGUGGAGCUGUUACACCUGUCAAAGAUCAAUCAAUUUGUGGCUCUUGCUGGAGUUUUGGUACUACUGGCGCUGUCGAAGGAGCAUAUUUCAUGAAACAUGGUGAACGUAAGAGCUUUUCUGAACAGGCUUUAGUUGACUGUAGUUGGGGCUUUGGUAAUAAUGGAUGUGAUGGUGGAGAAGAUUUCCGUGCUUACUCCUGGAUCGAAAAGCAUGGUUUACCUACUGAAGAUGUAUAUGGUCCAUAUCUUUCUCAGGAUGGUUUUUGUCAUAUAUCUAACAUAACAAAUGGUGAUCGUACAAAAAUCACCAGUUUUGUUAAUGUAACUUCUAACGAUGAAGAAGCAUUGAAAAUUGCUUUAUUCAAGAAGGGUCCUAUUUCUAUUGCUAUUUUUGCAGCUCUGAAAUCAUUUUCUUUCUAUUCAACUGGGGUUUAUUAUGAUAAAGAAUGCCUUAACGGUCCUUUGGAUUUGGAUCAUGCUGUGUUAUUGGUAGGAUACGGCUCAUUGAAUGGCCAUCCAUACUGGCUAGUGAAAAAUUCAUGGUCAACUCAUUGGGGCAACGAUGGGUACAUUCUUAUAUCUCGUAAGGAUAAUAACUGUGGUGUUCUUACUAGUCCAACAUAUGUUAAUCUUUAGAAUGUAUGAUUUGCCUAUUUUACAGUGUCAUUUUUCAAUAUGACAUUAAUUUUACAAUUUUAAGUCUGAUUCAUAA